AUGAGCAAGACGUGGUCAGAGCUUCUCGCAAGCGCAGGUCUCUUUAUCUUCAAUGGCGUCGAUCUAGUUGCGGGUAUUGUUCUAUGUAUCUAUAGCCUUUACAUUGGUGUCAAUCGCUAUGCUCCCGUAUGGCUUUAUGUGCCAUUGCUUACAAUUGGCAGCAUUCUAGUCGUCACAUCACUUAUGAGCAGCUGUGGAUUGGUAUUCCAAAGCUGUUCAUUCUGCAUGGAGCUUUCAUCGGGUAUACUUGGAUGGGUAUCACUAGCUGAACUGGGACUAGCAAUUGUCAUUUUCACACAGGGAGGAAGUAUUGACAAGUUCCUCCAUCAACACAGUAAGGAGCUCAAACUCAGUGGUGACCAAUUAGCACGAUUCGAGUAUCACAAGUUUUAUCCGGCCUAUGCAUUAUUAGCAUUGAGUUUGAUGGAAGCUCUGCGUCAACGCUACAGUGUAACAUUACAUCAUGCUCGAUUACGUCGCCAAUAUCAAUACGAUAUGCUGGCAUGA